CAACUUUCAAUCCACCAUUACUCACAAAACACCCCCAAAACUUUUCACCAAUUUCACACAAAAUCAAACCCCAAUUUAACACCCACAAACCCCUACCCCAACGAUCCAUCAACCCACACAAAACCCUAAAACAAAUCCCCAAAUUUCCCAAAAUGGAUUACUCAGAACAAGAUGUUGACUUGUUCGGCGAUUUAGAAUUCGAAAACGAAGAAACCCACACAAAACAAGACAGCCCACAAUCCAACAACUCGUCAUCAUCCACGUCAGCAUCGUCGUCAUCAUCUUCUUCAGGUGGGUCAUCUUCUAAUCGGAGCAGCAGCGGCGGUGGUAGCGGCAGUGGCAGUGAGAGCAGCGGUGGCUCCGUCAGCGGCGGCGGCGGUGGUGGUGCUGCUGCUGCUGGUGGCGGUGAAGAAGAGGAGGAGGAUGAUGAGGAUAAUGGUGAAGUUAGAUCAAGUUUUUAUAAUAAUAGUAAUAAUAUUAAUAAUAAUCAAGUGGCUGGUGGUGGUUAUGAUGAUGAUUAUAAUGUUGUUGAUGAUGAUAAAGAUUUGUUUGGGUCUGAUAAUGAGGAGUAUGUUAAGACAGAAAUUUCUAGCCCUUUUCCUGUUCCUGUUUUGCCUCAACCGCCGCCACGCAAUACGAACAAUAACCCGAGCAGGGGAGGAUUUGGCGGGCGUGGGCGUUGGCAAAACGACAGGGGAGGAGCUGGGAUUCUUCCUAGGCCUGGUCCAAUGCCGCAGAGGCAGAAUUACGGUUACGGGUCUAAGUUUUACGCUCCGCGCAAUGACGAACGUUUUGUUUCCGAACUCAAGUUUUCAAAGAGUGAAGAAACGUUGUCAAGGAAAGUUAUCGCAUUUCAAGAGCCAUCCGAACUUGGUUGCUAUAGCCGUGUGGAAGGUGGAGAAGUAUACUUUGAUGAUAGUAGUUUGCGGCUUUUCAAGCGACUUAUUACAGAAGAUAUAGGGGCUGAUUUGAACCAAGGUUUUGAUACCUUCAUUGAGAAGAAAGAUUUGGGUUCGCAGGGCUUUGGUGAUCUUCUCGCUUGCAUACGUAACAAAAAUAUUCCGUUACAAAACAUGCAUUUUGUGACGUACAGAAACAAUCUUAAUAAGAUAAUGGCUACUGCUUAUUUAAGGCAUGAACCUUGGGAAAUGGGGGUGCAUAAAAGAAAAGGCGUUGUGUAUCUUGAUGUGCAUAAAUUGCCCGAAAGGCCAAGAAGCGAGCGGGAUCGUCGAAUGUCUUAUUGGGGAUAUUGUUUCGAGACACUUGCUACCGAAGAUCCAAGAAGAGACGACGGAGAAGGGAUACAUCAUGUUGACGCUAACGUUGAAUAUUGUGCUGUAAUUAAAACUAAAUUAGGUGCACAUCGGAUUUUAAUGGGUGCUGAAAUGGACUGCUGCGAUUCUACUGACGAUGGAAGGAGAUUUUAUGUGGAAUUAAAAACAAGUCGUGAGUUGGAUUAUCACACCGAGGAAAGAUUCGAGAGGGAGAAAUUGCUCAAGUUUUGGAUUCAGUCGUUUCUUGCGGGCGUUCCUUUUAUCGUCAUUGGAUAUAGGGACGAUGCUGGCCGGCUUGUGCGUACAGAGAGGUUAAGAACCAAAGAUAUAACCCACAGGGUAAAAAUGAAAAAUUACUGGCAGGGAGGAGUCUGCUUAGCGUUUGCUGAUGAGGUUUUAUGUUGGCUUUACGGCACCGUUAAAGAGAAUGAAGACUAUAUAUUACAAUUCGCUGCACCGUUUACUCGUUUGGAGCUUUUACAGGCGCAAUCUUGUCCACAAGAAAUAACCGAUCAUGUUCAGCAGUUGUGAAUUUUGCCGUUAUGCAAGUUACCGUGGUCUUUGAUUGGAUUUUACAUUGAAGAAAAUGUUUACUUAAAUUAAGGCUUUUGUUCGAACCGUAUGCAACUCUUUUGUUGUAUAUCAUCAUUAAGGGAAAAAUAACUAUAUAUCGAAGAAUGCCCUGAAGCCAAAAAUGGCUUUUUUCAGUUAUGGGCGUGUCGAUUUUUAGCAGGAUGGAUAGAGAUACAUAUAGGAUAACGGCUUAUUGAUAUUUCGAAUAUCUGAUGACAUUUUUAAUGUACUUGUAACGGCGAAUCUAACUUUUGUUCCUGCUGUUUCUGCUAGUAUUUGCAUUGUUUGUGUUUUGGUU